AUGUUGCCUAGAAAUUUAAGGUUUUGUUUCAACGUUUUCUUAUUUUUUUUCUUAAAAAUGACCACAAAAAUAAGCCCUAGGGAAGUAUUAGCGUAUUUAAAUGACUUGGGUUAUCACAACAUUAACCCACAACAAUUGAAAGAAUUUGUUUACGACUUGAAAAAAUUGAUAAAGUAUGAAGAACGCAAGAGAAGCAAACAAAGCCUUGGAAAUGAAACAGAUGUGCCGAACGAAAACGAAAAAAAUAAAGAUGAUGUGUUUCUAGUUUUACAUUCACAAGGGACUCACUCUUCAAGAGCCAAAACAGUUUCAAAGAAAGAAAGUGUAAUUUCGUUAAAAAUCAAGACAAGUAAAGGACCACAACACCAUUGUCACGAAAACACGUUGGAGGCACAAACAGCCCCUGAAAAGGGUCAAGAAGACACGCUUGACUUUGUGCCCGUUAAAGAUGUGCCUUGGAAAAAAAUGAUUAAUUCUAGCAAACCUAAAAGUUCCUUCAUAAGACCGGGAAUUCAAACAAAUAUUAAUAAGAGUGACCCUGUCGCACUCUACCACCAAUAUCAAAAGUGUUGGAAGCGACAAAAAAUUCCAGGUGAAGACAACAGAACCGACUUGAGGUGGGCUAUUAGAGAAAAAAUGAUGAGUGGACCUAGAGUGACAAGAGCUUGAUUUUUAUGUGUAUUUUUACGUUAAAACGACCAGUUUUAUAAUAAAUUGUUACAAUCA